UACAACCUACGAACCUACAACUUGCAAGCCUACCCUACAACCUGCAAACCUACAGCACCUCUCCUCGGCUGGAAAACCUUUGUGUGAUGUCUGCUCUACUUAUGCCGAGGUAGGCACCUAACCUAAAUGUAAAGGACUGUUGGUAACUCUAGUCUAUUAUCACAGCUUUUUCUGGAGACUUGCUUUUUACAAUAAUUAGCUGAUACAAGGCUUGAAAUAUUCAAUCUGCCUGAUAAGAAUCAAUUGGAUUGAACAUCAUCAGUGAUUGGAGUCCUUAUGCGGAACCAAAGGCAUAAUUGUUUCUGUAGUAACUGACACUGAAGCUAUGGCUCGCCAUACUCUGGUGCCAGGCAGCGGAAGACUGGGUCCUGUGGGGCGGCCACCACGUCGGCGGCGCUACCCAUGUCUGCGUGGUGCUGGGCCACAGCUGGAGUCGCUUCCCAGAUUGCUGGAGCUCUUGCCACCUGAAUACAGCUACCAUGUCUGUAGCUAUGAGCAGCUGACUAGCGGCUUUUCUACCACACUACGUGUCAACUUUAGCUCGGAGCGCGGGGCACGUGAGUGGCUGGCUGCCUUCCAGCAGAGUAGCCUGACAACAUACCGCAGUCGACGCACGUUCCCCAGGCCAGGGGCACAACUCAUCUACAAGGCAUGGUUCCGCUGCCAGCGCAACGUGCCAGGCGCUGCAGUGGCGGCCAGUGGUCCGGACGGUCGGCACACGGCCUGUCCGGCGGCGCUAGCUAUCAGCGUAUGCAGUGCACAGGUGAGCCAGCGUACUGACCCCCACCUGCCCGCCUCGCCCGGCUGCGUGCGGCUCCGACACGUACACAACCACCCGGUGCGGUGCGCGGCCGACCUGCGCUUCCGUGGCGUGUCGACUGCGGCCCGCGACGCCCUGGAGGUUCUACUGGCGCGCGGCUACGCACCGUCGGCCGCGCGGCGCGCGCUCCAGCACCAGCUGCAGCUGCACCUGGGCGAGUGCUACCCGCUGGCGGCGGCCGACCGCGCCGUGCUGCCCACGCUGAAGGACGUGUGCCGAAUAUACUACCAGCGAUACGGCACGCCGGCGCAGCGCCGUGCCACCGCGCAGCGCUCCGUGGCGCUGGAACAGAGCGGGGACGCGUCGGGAGCGACAGUUGAGGACGAAGUUGCCGAUAACCCUGAUAAAGCGUCGGACGGCCGCAAGAGCUUGAUGCGAGAUGAGAGAGGCGUCAUAGAACCUGCCACGACUUGUGAAAGCACCGACGCCGCGCGGCUGCAAGUGGAGCUUGUUGACGGUGAUAUUCUAACGUUUGACUCAUUGGGUACCGAUAGUGAGUAUUCCGUGUUGGAGCAGGAGGGUUCAGCAUCCAGGAUGGACUCGGAAGACCAGAUGCUCGAGUCUGGUGGUGAGAGUAUCACUGUGGACCGUUUGGAGGAUGCUGAGCUCGUGGUUGAACGCUCGGCCGAUCUGAUUCUGGGCUCUACCGAUGACACCACGCUAGAGUUGGAGCUGGUCCGCUCAGAGAGUCCCGCAGCACGACGAACCGAUCAUCAGACGCUGAAUCCUGAGGGCGCAGACCCGGGCGCCGAGGAGCUGCCGAGCCUGGAGAGUCUGCUGGCCGGCAGCAUGGUGCCGGACCCCGGCGCCAUCUCCGCCCGCCUGCGGGAACUGGUGACCGAGUACGGCACGAAAAUGGCUGCCGGCGGCGGGGCGGCCGCGUUCGCCCGUCUGGAUGGGUACGGGUUCGCGGCGGCGCUGACCACGCCGCUGAUGCGGCGCGUGCACCUGCACCUACCGCAGAGCGGCGAGCUGGUGUUUGUCGACUCGCCGGGCCGGUCGGAGCGGCACGGCUGCUGCCUGUGGCUGCUGGUGUGCGCCAGUGAGGCGGGCGCGCUGCCGCUCGGCCUGCUGCUCGCCUCCUCCGAGUCUGGCGGCGCGCUGCGCGCCGCACUCCAGUUGUGGCUGCGCACGCUGCCGCCGGGGGCGUUCGCGGGCCGCGGCGCCGACGGGCCGCAGGUGGUGAUCACGGACGACGGCGCCGGCCAGCGAGCGGCGCUGGCAGCCCGCUUCCCGGCGGCGCUGGCGGUGCUCUGCUCGUUCCGGCUGCUGCAGGCCGUGUGGCGCUGGCUGUGGCAGGUGCGCGGCCGGGUGUCGGCAGAGGACCGCGCCCGACUGCUGCUGCUCACCCGGCGUCUGCUGUGCGCCGGCUCAGUCGCCCAGCUGGAGCGCCGCUUUCGAGAGGCGUCUGCCGACCCGAUCAUGGCGCGCCACGCAGACUUCCUGAAGCAGUUCACGUCGAUCUACCGGCACCGGCACCUAUGGGCCGUUUGGUAUGGCGAGGAGGAGGCCUCUGACGCCGAUGGCCGUGCGGCCGCGCGCACCGCCAGUCUGUUCGAUCUGGCCGCCAGCCUGCUUCGCGACCGACUGCUCUUCAUGGCCGCGGAGUAUGGGCCCGCCGAGGCGUUUGAUUUCUGGACGCGCCACGGGGAUGCGUACUUCGUAGAGCGGAUCAGCCGAGCGCUGUCCGGCGGCGGCCCGCCCUCUGGCCACGCUCGCUACGUUCCGCCGCCGCCGGGGUCGGAGCUGCGCGCGCGCCGCGCCGGGCCGCACAGCCACGAGGUGACCGACGGCGAGGCGGUGUUCCAGCUGGACCUGGAGCUGGGCUGCUGCACGUGCCGGCCGGGCCGCAGCGGCGCGCCGUGCGCGCACCAGUCGGCGGCCGCGCGGCUCGAGCGGCGCCCGCCGGUGGCGCCGGUGGCCGCCGAGGCGGCGGCGGUUCUCCGUCAGCUGGCGACUGAUAUGCCGCUGCUGGAGCCGGGCCCGGCGCCGCUGCCGGCCGGCUGGCUGCAGGCGGUCACCGCCGCCGCCGGCCUGCCCAGCGUGGAGGUGAUCGUAUCCACCGAGCAGCCGCGCUCACCGGCGGCUGACCGGACGACGGACUGGGAACAGCGCGACACCGAGGGAGGUCUGCUCGCAGCCGACACCGGCUCACUGCAGAUGGAAGGUGGGGGUGUGACAGACAGUGCGGACAGUGGGGAGUGUCAGCGGAAUCCCACGAUAACUGACAUCGAUAACAGUGUAGAGGACGGUUCUGCUCAGACAGCGGUCUCCGGGGGACUGAGUGAGGACACGGCCGGUGCCGGUGCCGACUCGCCAGUGGACCCCGCCGAGGAGGCGAUGAGUGCGGCGAUCGUGGCGCUACAGGAGGUGACGGCCGACCUGACGGGUCGGCUGGCCGCCGAUCCGGAGCGCUACGUGCCGCUGGUCAGGGACCUGGUGUCCCGCUACUGGCGGCUCGAGGGCGCCGACGGUCUGCGCUCAGUCACUGACCGGCUGACCGAGCUCAGCGGAGACCCGGGCGGACCGGCGCCGGGGGACGCGUGACGUAACGGCGGCUGUGGGCGACGAGUGCCAACAGCUACCAGCUGGCCAACAAGAACACGCUGCUGCUGAGUCUGAAGGGGACGACCACCACG